AAUAAAAUAAACAGGCCUGGCCCCCAGAGAAGAGGGAGAACGAAGCAUCUGCGCUAGGCGAAACCGUCUCUCAAUUGAGCUAAACAGCUGGGAGGCCGCGGAAGUAGCAGUGAUAUCGACGGAGUCACGGAGGUGAAAACGGAAGCAGCGGGAAGCGAGUUGCAGGGAGGCAACUGAUAGACCCAAGAAGGGGUAAUCUCUUUACUUAUCUCUAUCACUAUCACUGCAUGUGGAACAUUUCUUCCUGUUCCUCACUAUCUCAAUUCUCAAAUUUUCCCCUCUACAAUCCCGGCCAGAUUUCAAGAAGGGAUCGGGCAGAGGUUGAGCCGACUGAGACGAGGCGACGCGAGGCCACUUUGCAAGCAUUUCGCAGCGGCGGCGGCGGCGGCGGAUCCAUCCGCUGGCUGCGUGAGAAGGCGGCGAGGGCGGGGGCCGGGGCGAGAUGAGCCUGCUGCGCAACCGCCGCGCCGCGGCUGCGGCGGCGGCGGCGGCGGGUUCGGGGGAGGUGCCGGUGGUGCGCGCGGCGUACAACAUCAUCCCGAUCCAGGACGUGGCGAUGCACGGGGACCACCCGUCGCUGCAGGUCCCCGAGGUGCGGGCGGCGCUGGAGGCGCUGGCGCACGCCUCCGACUUCCCGGCGCCGCCGCUAGCCCGCGUGUGGGACCCGUUCCGCGCCGACCUCUUCGACUGGCUCGGCGCCACCUUCGGGUUCCAGGCGGACAACGUCCGCAACCAGCGGGAGCACCUCGUGCUCCUCCUUGCCAACGCGCAGCUGCGCGCGCCGGCGGCCACCUUCCCCAAGGACCACCCCGCCGACGUCCUCCACCACUCCGUCGCCCGUGGCAUCCGCAGGAAGCUCCUCAAGAAUUACACCUCCUGGUGCGCCUACCUCGGCCAGAAGCGGCACUUCGGCCGCCGCACCGGCGCCGCUCCGGGGGCCGGCCGUGACAUCCGCAUGGACCUCCUGUACACGGCGCUGUACCUGCUCAUCUGGGGGGAGGCUGCCAAUUUGAGGUUCAUGCCGGAAUGCCUCUGUUACAUCUUCCACUACAUGGCCCUCGACCUCCACCAUGUCCUCGAACAGUCCAUUGAUAUCGAGACAGGGCAGCCUGCAAUGCCUGCAGUACGCGGCGAGGAUGCCUUCCUGAUCCACGUAGUGAGGCCGAUUUACAACGUCCUCAAGAACGAGGUGGAUGCCAGCCGGAACGGGACCAAGCCGCACUCGGCAUGGAGAAAUUACGAUGAUGUCAAUGAGUACUUCUGGAGUCGACGAGUUUUCAAACGUCUCCGGUGGCCACUGGAUACAUCGAGGAACUUCUUUGCAGAGCCGGGUAAGACCGGGCGUAUUGGCAAGACUGGUUUUGUUGAGCAGCGUUCAUUCUGGAAUGUCUACCGCAGUUUUGAUAGGAUAUGGGUGAUGCUUAUUCUUUUCUUUCAAGCUGCAAUGAUUGUUGCAUGGGAUGGUAGUACUAGUACCCGUCCAUGGGAUAGCCUCAGCCACCGGGACAUCCAAGUCCGAGUGCUGUCUGUGUUCAUCACCUGGGGUGGACUGCGCUUUGUUCAGGCAAUGCUUGAUGCGGGUACUCAGUACAGUCUUGUGUCGAGGGAAACAACAACACUGGCUGUUCGGAUGGUGCUCAAGGUGCUUGUUGCUGCAGGGUGGACAAUUACAUUUAGUGUACUCUAUAAAAGAAUGUGGGAUCAACGGUGGCGAGAUCGCAGGUGGUCCUUCGCUGCCAAUACCAGAGUGUUGAAUUACCUUGAGGCAGCUGCUGUGUUCGUCAUCCCGCAAGUGCUUGCGAUUUUGCUCUUCAUCAUCCCCUGGAUUCGCAAUUUCCUGGAGAAAACUAAUUGGAGAAUUCUAUAUGUUCUCACCUGGUGGUUCCAGACACGUACAUUUGUUGGUCGUGGUCUGAGGGAAGGUCUCAUUGAUAACAUCAAGUACUCAAUAUUCUGGGUGUGUCUCCUUGUUUCUAAGUUUGGCUUCAGCUACUUUCUCCAGAUUAAGCCAAUGGUGGGGCCAACAAAGGUAAUCUUCAAACUGCAUGACAUCAAGCGUAACUGGUUUGAGUUCAUGCCUCAUACAGAGCGCAUUGCAGUAAUCAUCCUGUGGGUUCCAGUUAUCAUCAUUUACCUCAUGGAUCUCCAGAUAUGGUAUGCAGUCUUCUCAUCACUAACAGGGGCACUUAUUGGCCUUUUCUCACAUCUGGGGGAGAUUCGCAGCAUUGAGCAGCUGCGCUUGAGGUUUCAGUUCUUUGCAAGUGCAAUGCAGUUCAAUUUAAUGCCAGAGGAGCACCUGGACACUGUUCAUGGUAGCAUCCGCAGCAAGUUCUAUGAUGCAAUCCAUCGGCUGAAGCUCAGGUAUGGGUUUGGCCGUCCGUAUAGGAAGAUUGAAGCAAACGAGGUGGAAGCUAAGAGAUUUGCACUGAUUUGGAAUGAGAUCAUUCAGACAUUUAGGGAAGAGGACAUUAUUAGCGAUGAGGAGGUUGAAGUUCUUGAGUUGCCACCAGUUGUGUGGAGAAUUCGUGUGGUACGGUGGCCAUGUUUGCUACUUAAAAAUGAACUUCUUCUUGCUCUUAGUCAAGCAGAAGAGCUGGUAGCUGAUGACAGAACACAUUGGUUCAAGAUAUGUAACAAUGAGUACAGGAGAUGUGCAGUAAUUGAAGCUUAUGACAGCAUACGUCACUUGCUGCUGGAAAUAAUCAAGGAGAGAACUGAUGAACACAUUAUUGUCAAUCAGCUGUUCUUUGCAUUUGAUAGUGCGAUAGAACAUGGAAAGUUCACUGAAGACUAUAAGUUAACUUUAUUGCCUCGAAUUCAUAAAUCUAUAAUCUCCUUAUUGGAUCUUCUAUUGAAGGAAAACAAGGAUCAGAUCAAGAUUGUUCGUACCUUGCAGGAUCUCUAUGAUCUUGCAGUCCAUGAUUUACCAAAGAAGAAGAAGGACUUUGCACAGCUGAGGCUAGAAGGGCUAGCACCAUCAGGAACAACUGAAUCUCAGCUGCUUUUUCAGGAUGCCAUAAAAUGUCCAGAUAAUCAUGAUGUUAGCUUCUACAAGCAGGUGAGAAGGCUCCAUACGAUUCUCACAUCCAGGGAUUCUAUGAACAGUGUUCCCAAGAAUCCUGAGGCUCAACGGCGCAUAACCUUCUUCAGCAACUCCCUGUUCAUGAACAUGCCUCGUGCUCCCACUGUUCAGAAGAUGAUGGCAUUCAGUGUUUUGACCCCGUACUAUAAUGAAGAUGUGCUGUACAACAAGGACCAGCUUCGUCGUGAGAAUGAAGAUGGCAUCUCAAUCUUGUUUUAUCUCCAAAAGAUUUAUGAAGAUGAUUGGAGAAACUUUUUACAACGCAUGCAGAGGGAAGGAAUGGUCAAUGAUGAUGAUAUUUGGGCUGGAAAAUUCCAGGAUCUCCGACUUUGGGCUUCGUACAGGGGGCAGACUUUAGCACGAACUGUAAGGGGAAUGAUGUACUACUACAGGGCUCUCAAGAUGCUUGCUUUUCUCGAUACUGCCUCUGAGGUAGAAAUUACAGAAGGAACAAAACGGCUGGCUUCCUAUGGUUCAGUUAGGCAUGAGAAUGAUGUAUAUCCCAUGAAUGGUGGUUUACAACAACGACCUCGAAGGAGGUUAGACAGAGGAACCAGUACUGUAAGUCAACUGUUUAAAGGCCAGGAAGAUGGUGAUGCUCUCAUGAAGUACACCUAUGUGGUUGCUUGCCAGAUAUAUGGACAACAGAAAAAGGCGAAAGAUCAACGUGCUGAAGACAUCCUAACUCUUAUGAAGAAAAAUGAGGCCCUCCGUGUUGCUUAUGUUGAUGAGGUCAGUUCUGGGAUGGGUGGUAUGCAAUACUAUUCUGUCCUCAUUAAAUUUGAUACUGUCUUGCAGAGAGAGGUUGAAAUAUACCGGGUUAGGUUGCCUGGUCCACUGAAACUUGGGGAGGGGAAACCGGAAAACCAAAACCAUGCCAUCAUAUUCACGCGAGGUGAUGCUGUGCAAACGAUUGACAUGAACCAGGAUAAUUAUUUUGAGGAGGCCCUCAAGAUGCGUAAUCUGCUAGAACAGUACGAUUAUUAUCAUGGGAGCCAGAAACCAACGCUGUUGGGAGUCCGGGAACAUGUCUUCACUGGAUCUGUGUCUUCACUUGCUUGGUUCAUGUCUGCACAAGAAACAAGCUUUGUUACCCUUGGGCAACGGGUUCUUGCUAAUCCAUUGAAGGUUCGGAUGCACUAUGGACAUCCUGAUGUAUUUGAUCGCCUUUGGUUUUUAACUCGAGGUGGUAUAAGCAAAGCAUCCAGGGUAAUCAAUAUCAGCGAGGACAUAUUUGCAGGUUUCAACUGUACCCUACGUGGUGGCAAUGUUAGCCACCAUGAGUAUAUACAGGUUGGUAAGGGACGUGAUGUUGGGCUCAAUCAGAUAUCAAUGUUUGAAGCAAAGGUUUCUAGUGGCAACGGUGAGCAGACCCUAAGUAGGGAUAUCUACAGACUUGGUCAUAGACUGGAUUUUUUUAGGAGUCUUUCUGUCUUCUAUACUACAGUAGGAUUCUACUUCAACACAAUGCUGGUGGUCUUGACAGUUUACACUUUUGUUUGGGGACGCCUGUAUCUAGCUCUUAGUGGUCUUGAGGCUGGAAUUCAGGGCAGUGCUAAUGCAACCAACAAUAAAGCCUUGGGUGCAGUUCUGAACCAGCAAUUUGUCAUACAGCUUGGCCUCUUCACUGCUUUGCCAAUGAUUAUAGAGAACUCUCUUGAACAGGGUUUUCUGCCUGCUGUCUGGGAUUUUUUCACCAUGCAAAUGAUGUUUUCGUCCAUGUUCUACACAUUUUCCAUGGGAACGAAAAGCCAUUACUACGGCCGGACAAUUCUUCAUGGCGGUGCUAAGUAUCGUGCUACUGGCCGUGGUUUUGUUGUGCAGCAUAAGAGUUUUGCUGAAAAUUACAGGCUGUACGCAAGGAGCCACUUCAUAAAGGCAAUAGAACUUGGUAUAGUAUUGACUGUGUAUGCAGCUCACAGUGUGAUUGCAAGGGAUACACUUGUUUACAUAAUCAUGAUGAUAUCUAGCUGGUUUCUAGUGGUAUCAUGGAUCAUGGCUCCAUUUGCUUUUAAUCCAUCUGGCUUUGAUUGGUUGAAAACAGUGUAUGACUUUGAUGAUUUCAUGAACUGGAUCUGGUACCCUGGUAGUAUCUUUUCUAAGGCUGAACACAGCUGGGAAGUUUGGUGGUAUGAGGAGCAGGAUCAUCUACGAACAACUGGUCUUUGGGGAAAAAUUUUGGAGAUAUUGUUAGAUCUCAGAUAUUUCUUUUUUCAGUAUGGGGUUGUAUACCAGCUGAAGAUUGCAAAUGGGAGCAGAAGUAUUGCUGUUUAUCUUCUUUCCUGGAUAUGUGUGGCUGUGAUUUUUGGCAUUUUUGUCCUAAUGUCGUAUGCUCGAGACAAGUAUGCUGCAAAACAGCACCUUUACUACCGGAUCAUCCAAACUGGUGUCAUCAUUCUUGCAGUGGUAGUGCUGAUAUUAUUUCUGGAAUUUACUACGUUCCAAAUCAUUGACAUCUUCACUAGCCUUUUGGCAUUUAUUCCAACUGGUUGGGGCUUGAUUUGCAUUGCUCAAGUGAUUAGGCCAUUCAUCGAAUCUACUGUUGUCUGGGCCAGUGUUGUUUCUGUCGCACGUUUGUAUGAGAUACUGCUAGGGGCAUUUGUUAUGGCGCCAGUUGCAUUCUUUUCCUGGUUGCCUGGAUUUCAGGAAAUGCAGACAAGGGUACUUUUCAAUGAAGCUUUCAGCAGAGGUCUCCAGAUAUCCCGCAUUCUUGCUGGCAAGAAAACAAUUGCAGUUUGAGGUUCUAACAAGGUUGCUACAGUUAGGCCGUCCUCCAUCACCUCUGUACAGCUUCUUAUUCAAUGUGGAAGGAUUUCUGUUUACUGAUAUAGCUUAGAUCCAUAUUGAACUUUUUGAUAGCUGUUUAGCUUCAGCUAUCUCUAUUCUAGAUGUUCAGAUUUGUACUGGGUAGGCCUCUCCCGUUUUGCAUUUUCAUAGAGCUAGUUGUAUGUAGAUGAUUCUAUUGCAGUAGCACCCCUGAGCUAUAAUGGCUUGUUUGUUGACCUGGGUGGAUGUUCCAUU